AUUUGGUGGAAAAGUCAAAGACACCCCAGUGGACCUGGUUCUCAGCUGUGUGGACAACUUUGAGGCCCGGAUGACCAUCAACACUGCGUGUAACGAGCUGGGCCAAGCUUGGUUUGAGUCGGGUGUUAGUGAGAAUGCUGUGUCAGGCCACAUCCAGUUCAUCAUUCCUGGAGAUACCUCAUGCUUUGCUUGUGCCCCUCCCCUGGUUGUGGCCACCCACACAGAUGAGAGGACACUGAAAAGGGAGGGAGUCUGUGCUGCCAGUUUGCCCACUACUAUGGCUGUGGUUGCUGGCUUCCUAGUCCAGAAUGUGCUCAAGUUCUUGCUCGGGUUCGGCCAGGUAUCCUAUUACUUAGGCUACAAUGCACUUCAGGAUUUCUUCCCUACCAUGAGACUGAGACCCAAUCCAAAUUGUGAUGAUACGUUCUGCCUGAAGCAGCAGAGGCUUUUUCAGGAACGGGAGGCUGCAAAACCCAAGGAUGAGGUCUGUGCUCCACAAGUGGAAGAGGCAGUUGUUCAUGAUGAGAAUGAGUGGAGUAUAGAAAUUGUAUCAGAGACCACAGAGGAAGAGUCCAGAGCUGCAGAGGGUGAGAGACCAGUUCUGACAGAGGGUGUGACUGUUGCCUACACCAAACCUGUGGCACAGGUCAAUGACAAAACAGAUUUUGUGGACAACACAGAACUGAGUAUAGAGGAGCUGAUGAAACAGAUGCAGAGUUUGUGA